UUAGCGGUUAAAUGAAUGUGAAAACAUUUGGUUACCAUCUAUCUAUAGUAUAGAAAUUUCAAAUGUGUAAUGUCUGUAUUUAAAUAUGUAUCGAUAUUUUCAUUUUAUAAUUUUGGUGCGUUUUAAUAGUUAAUUCCGGAGUUUGAAGUUAAUAAUUUGAAUUUAACUAAAUGAAUAAAAAUGUUUGAUUGUGAGGUAUAAAACGACGAUAUUGUUCCAUCAAGACGAUGUUUCGGCGCACAUGGUUAAUGAAGUCUUUCCCACCAAGUGGAUAGGAAGAAGAGGGGCUGUGAAUUGGCCGUAGAUCUCCGGAUCUUAAUCCAUUACACUAUUUUCUACAUUACGAAAAAUAGAUACAAGCUGGUUCGGGACUGUAUACAAUAUUCUUAUGACAAGCUAGGAUUUUGUAGUAAAUGGUAAUUGGUGUAGAAGAACAUUGAUGUAGGUCAGGAACACACUUUGUAUUGACAAUGGCAUAACUUUAACCUCACUCGCGUUGACUGUUGAUUGAAAGUUUCAUUGCUUCCGUGAAAUAAGAUGAGCUUCCAAAAACUAUAGGUGAAAAUAAUAAACUAAACAAUAACAGCCAAAAUGGAAUCUAAAAUAUACCUUUGCCCGGCGGACAAAAAGUAUAAAUGUAAAUGGAAAGGAUCGUCCGAUGAUGUUUUUGAUCACUUUAGUCGAAUGCACGAAGACUUACUACAUUUUAAUGAGUCAAUAGAUAUCUCAUUAGACGCAGCAACUGAAAAUCAUCUUUUGUUAUUAAAUGCAGAAAUUUAUUUGUUGCAGCUUAAAGUAACUAAUGAGUUUCUUAAUAUAUAUUUACGUUUUCUCGGUCCUGCUAGAAUAGCGUCCACAUUAACAUAUGAUGUACAUAUAGGCAGAGAUAAUGUUUUUAUUGCCAAAGAAAUUAUUGAAAUAACAGAUGGAGCUUUUCGCGUUCCACUUGAGUCUCUAUAUGAAAAAUUUAAGGAUAUUUCAAAUGAUUCAAAUAGCAUUUGCUGUAAAUUGAUGCUAAAUGAGAAACCUAUAAUUGAAUGUUUUGACAAUAUCUUCACUGAUAAUAAAGCAUCAAAUAAUUGGUCAAAUGCUAAUGAGUCCAAAAAAGACAUACAAUGUUUACGAAAUAGCAAUAUUGAUAAAUUAAAAAUUAAUUUGGAUAAUACUUUAGAUUUAAGCAAGGAUGUUAAUGACCUUAGUCCUAAUUUACAAGAUUUAUUUGAUAGUUCUUAUGAAGAAAAUUUGACUUUUGAGCUUUGUGAUAAGAAAACUACUUUGGAUGAGAGCGAUUGUGUUUUUGAUUCUGAAACGGAAUACAAAUCGAAAAAUAUAAGAUCUGUUCUUACAAGAUCACUUACAUUUACCCCAGAGGAUAUGAAAAGGAAUAUAGUUAAAAGACAGGCUAGUAUGAGAAGCCUUACUUCUAUAGCAGAAAAUGACUUGGAUGAUGAACUAAAAUGUUCUAACUGUAAUGGUCAUUUAGCUGCUCCUAUAUUUUAUUGUAUAGAUGAGCAUAAUAUAUGUGUAACAUGUUACCAAAGUAAACAAGUAUGUACUCUAUGUGAAAAAGAAAUUACUUCAAAUAGAAAUUUGGAAUUGGAAAAAAAGUCUGUUAACUUUAUUUACACUUGCGUAAAUAGAAAAAGUGGAUGCCCAAAAAAGCUUUCUUAUGCAGAUAUUUUGGAUCAUGAAAUUAAUUGCACCUUUUGCGUAUAUUUCUGUCCAAUGGAAGAAUGUAGUUUCAAGGGAUCUUUUAAAUAUAUGGUAGGCCACCUUAGCCUAAUUCAUAGUAGCGUAAAGCUAUUCCAGUCCUUUAUUGCAGUAUUUCAAAAAUAUCAGGAGAUUUUUUUAGUAAAUGAAACUAUGGGCAUUUUCUAUUGCUCAUGGACUCUCUUAGAUAAUAGUGUUAUAUGGAAAGCAAAAUUUUGCGGACCCAAGGCUCGAAAGUUUUUUUGCGAAUUAAAAUUUAAAGGCAAGAACUUUAAAGAACCUUUAUUAUUAAUAAAACAAAAUGAUGUUUAUAUUAAAGAAAUGAGUUUGGCGGAGCUUAAAGAAUACAAAAUAAAACCCAAACAUUCUAUACUGACAGUAACAGGUUAAUUGUUACAGAUAAUAUAUAUGAUUUUUUAUAUGUUUUCCCUUUUUUUGCUUAAUGUGAUAUUAGGUUUAAUUUACCGUACUCUUUAAUUUAACUGAAAAUUAAAAUUUUUGUUUUAUGUCUCAACCAUAUGUAAAACAGUUGAGAUAAAAAAAUUAAUAAAACAUGUAUUUGUUAGUUA